AGCGAUAACACUAGUCUGUAACAAAAGAAAAUAACAGAUAACGAGCUGCUCUGCUUUGGUUUGCUGUGGCCAGCAAAUCGGGGGCUCUGCGCGGCUAAAUAACUACUAUAACAUCGGAAUAUUGCACUACCAGAGCCAACCUCACUACUAAUACAUCGGUAUCAGCUUAGUUUAAAUGUGUGUGCCGUGAAGCCUUAACUAUCUCUUUCCCUCUCAGACCAAAGAAAAAAGAGAGAGCCAAGACAACUGUCUACCACCCGUCCGACAUCAUCAACAAACAAAAAGCCCACAAAGGAGACGAAGCAGCCAGCCAAGCAGCCAGCCACCAUCUUAACAGGCUGCUGAAAGAGACACACACUGAGAGAAAAGAGGCUAUGCUUAUUUUGAUCAACAGGUUGUGAAGGUGACUGUGGACUCUGACAACCGUGACUGAGGGUUCAAACCAGAUCCAUAAGAAAAAGAAAAAAAAUAGCGGACAGCAAAAACCUGCACAGUCCUCCCUAAACGGAUCUACUUGAUCAGACUCAAAGCUGUGUUGCCCAGCUGUUGAGCAUAAGAGGAGCCACAGCCCCGCAGCAAAGGUAGCCGCUGCUACGUGGAGUGUAAGACCUUCCUAAACAAAAGUCAAAGAAGCUGAAAAGUGUUUGCUCUGAUGUUCACGGACCUGUGUGGAGUUCGGUGGACCUGAUAGAGAGAUGGAGGGUUAUUAGUUGGGCCUGCCGCCUGGUUUCUGCUUCUUAUUAUCGUGUGGAGUACAGAGGGCCAGUAGCCGGACUGUUGGACACACCGAGACGCUUCCUCAGAGCUGAUGCCAAGGCCAGGAGUCCACCAUGAUGUUUUUAUAACCUGAUGAUCAGCAGAGAGAUGGUGAGGAAGAAGAAUCCCCCUAUCCGGAGUGUUGGAGGUGAGGAGGAGGAGGAGGAAGAAGAGGGGAGGAGGCCAGCAGGAGAAGAGGAAGAGGAAGGAGAGGAGGAGGGGAGAGUAGGAGCGGAGGCCGAACGAAUAAACCGACCCUCCGAACCAGAGUCCUCCGAUCGGAUCAGAGGAGAUGAGGAGCAGGAGGAAGAGGAGGGGGAGAGCGAGUGCGUGUCCUCGUCCGUCUCUCCUUCAUCCGUGGGCGAGCCCUACAGCAAUGAAGAGAGAGGGAGGAGGAGAAGGGGAGGGGGGAGAGCCAGAAAGGCGGGAGCGGCACUGACUGACAGACCCGAGAGCCAGUCGGAGGCUGAGGAUGGGGAGAAGGGGGUAGAGGAGGGGGAGAGGAGCGACAGAGACAGAGGGGAGGCCGACAAUCUCUCCGCUCCCCACCUCCUCCUCCUCCCCAGACAGGAAGGAGAGGAGGAGUCGACAACCGACACCCCUCCGCUGUCCUCCAGCCCCUCGCCCAAACUCCAGGACUUCAAGUGCAACGUGUGCGGUUACGGUUACUAUGGCAACGACCCCGCUGACCUGGUGAAGCACUUUAGGAAGUAUCACCUGGGUCUGCACAACCGCACACGGCAGGAUGCUGCCCUCGACACACACAUCCUGGCCCUCCACAACAUGGCCCCCCAACACACACCUCUAGAUACUAUACAGGCAGGACAGGGCCAGAGGAUCCAAGCCAAAGAGUUGGGGAAGACGAGACCAGAUGUGCACAUUCAACAGCACAGGGCUGUUAUGAUGAAUGGCACCUAUGACAUACAGGUGACGCUAGGUGGCACGCUAAUUGGGAUUGGCCGAAAGACCUCUGACUGCCAGGGGAACACAAAGUACUUUCGCUGCAAGUUCUGCAACUUCACCUACAUGGGCAGUAAUUCCUUAGAACUUGAACAACAUUUUGUGUCCUCGCAUCCAAACAAAGUUAAAACUCCGCCAACCACUCCCCUGCUGGCCUCCAAUAACCUGGCAACGCACGACAACCAGGGGAAGGGGAGGAGUCAAAUCUUGGACGGAGCCGAGCGAGUCGCAGUGAGAGCGGAAGACGAUUCCUUGGCCGGGUACUACAUCCCAGUCAGGGCGUGUUCUGAUUCGUCGAGCUGGACAGGGGAACCGGGUCACGAUGCUGUGCAGACGUAUUAUUGGUGUAAAUUCUGUAGCUGGAGUUGUGAGUGGUCAGGAGGCUCAGAGAAGCUGUUAGAGCACUAUGAACAAAGACACAGAAUUAGCACGGGAGGGACGAUGAGCCCCAGUAACUCUAACCCUGGGGGGGUGGACAGAGGAGGGAGGAGAGAAGGAGGAGAGAGAGGCCACGUGUCCUCCAAAAGCCGCAAAGAUCUAUCAUCCAACCCUUCCGGCACGAGCCAAGGAGACACAAACAGCAGUGAUUCAGAAGCAGUCGUGACCAGUUAUAACUGUCAGUUGUGUGAUUUCCGGUACUCGAUGGCCCACAGUGCUGAUGUGAUCGUAGUAGCACCGUUACUACUGCACUACCAGCACAAUCACUCCAUCCACCGCUGCUGCAUUCAGCAUUGCAUGUACUGUCCACAGGGCCUCUGUCAGCCCCAGAAGCACCUAGGGGAGGUGUCUCACCCCUUUGCCUGUCGGAAACCCACCUGCCCUAAGUGCUGCUCCAAGUUUUCUACGUCCACCAAGCAGCAGGACAGCGUGGGAUCAAAACCUGCCACCUCCACCUCCCCCAGCAUGACCCCUCCUUAUCCUCGGGGUGACUCUGGUGUGAUUUCCGGAUCAAGUUCUCACCUCUCUAACCCUGCACAUCCUGUCGUCACACAAGGUGUCACCCACUUGUGUGAUCAGUGUGCGUUUGCCACCACCGACAUCGACGUGUUGCUCCAGCAUUACGAGAGCUGCCACACCCUGAUCAACCUGAAGGGGGCAUCCCCACAUGUCAAGGCUGAAGAAGAUGUCGGGGGCGACAAGGAAGGAGGGAGAGGAGAAGAGAAGGAGUACUCUUGUACAAAGUGUCACUUUAUCACAGAAGUGGAAGAAGAGAUUUUCAGACACUACAGGCGUGUCCACGCGUGUUGCCGUUGUCGACGCUGUGAUUUCACGGCUCCUGAUUCGUCAGCCCUCCUCGACCAUUUUAACUCGGCCCACUGCCAUGACUCGUCAUUGACUUCCUUACCCACCUCACUCACGCCUUCGUUAACACUCCUAGCCAAUGGUUGCUCAGCUCCCUCUACCUUAGCCAUUAAAGAGGAAAGCAAAGGGGAUCUUCGCCUCCUUUACUCCCUUGCACCACCUGAGGGACGAUUGGCCGAAGGAGGCCGAGAAGAGGCAGGACGGGUGGUAAAAAGUGAAGGAGGUGAGGAGAAAGAAAGAGAGCGGGAGAAAGGCUGGGUGCUCGGGGAGACGAGAGGACUGGGAGAGAGAGGAGGUGAGCAGGCCCACGGGUUACUCUGGGUGCCUAAGGAGCGAAUGGGACCUGACAGAGGAGCAGGAGGUGGGAGCCCCUCUCUGUUCUCCUCCCCCCUCUCACUGUCGUUUGUUUCAGCCAAUCAUGAGGCUUCGCAGCAGAAAAGAGGCGUGACUUCGCCUAGCAUGGUUUACCUGGGAGACACCAAGUCAUUUUUGGGAGAUACCAAGUCACUUUUGGGAGAUGCCAGGCUGUAUGGAGGAGGAAGGCCAGGAGGAGCCACUGCAGGCGCAGGUGGAGGGGAGAAACAGAGCCGGAUGCACCCACAGUUCACAGGGGGAGGAGGAGGAGGAGGAGGAGGGAGUGGAGGAGGAGGAGGGAGUGGAGGAGGAGGACAGGAGAAGGGAGGAGCCGCUAAAGAGGAGUCCCAAUCCCUUCUACGGCGACGCAGAGGCAGCGGGGUCUUCUGUGCAAACUGUCUGACUACCAAGACGUCAUUGUGGAGGAAGAACUCCAAUGGAGGCUACGUCUGCAACGCAUGUGGUUUAUACCAAAAACUUCAUUCGACACCAAGACCUCUGAACAUCAUAAAGCAGAACAACGGUGAACAAAUAAUCCGCCGCCGUACAAGGAAACGCAUCAACCCUGAUUCCCUGUCAUCUGAGACCCCCGCCCCGAAACAACAGCGCAUCACCAGCGAAGAGCGUGUCAAUGGGGAGGAGUCAGACAAAUGUUUUGCUUCAAUCAAAAACCAGCAGCCUUCCCCUCGCUCACGCUCCCCCCGAUCCACUCAAGCCUUCCUAGCCAAUCAAACAUUGGAGAUCCACCGGCGCAUGCCUCCUCUUCUCCUUCCUUCACACACCCCCUCCUCGUUGGUAGCUGAGGGUAAUGGAGGCCUCGCAGAGGGCGGGAUGAUAUCCAAAGUAGAGGGAGGUAAAGGAGGAGGUGGAUCAGAAAGAGGGAGUCCAAUUGAAAAGUACAUGCGUCCAUCCAAACCGUCUAGUUAUUCGCCCCCUGGUUCACCCAUUGAAAAAUACCAGUACCCUCUUUUCUCCUUACCCCUACCAUUAACCCUCUCCCCUGAUCUGACGCCUGAAUCGGAUUGGCUCAGGUUCUGGACCAAGUACAAGAUGGCCGCCGCCUCUGGGGUCCCCGGUACCCUCAGUAAUCUGAGCAGUCCUGGUAGCGUUGGGAACAACUCUCUUUACCUUGGUGCCAUGGUGGCUCCAGUACAGCAUCAUCAGCAAAGCUACACGGUGCCUUACUGUGCCUCCCCCUACUCUCCUCUUCCCCCUCCUCCAGCGCCUCCUCACUAUCCUCCUCCUCCUCUUCAUUCCCAAACCUCCUCGCCAUCGUUAGAAAAUGACGCCCCCUUGGAUCUGGCAAUAAGACAAAGAGAUACCAGUGCUGCGAAUUCACACGUGUCAACAAACGGUGCGGAGAGGAGAAGGCAAGAGUCGCCGCUGGCUGAGAGGUCUAGAGAGAACUGGAAAGCAGAGAAAGAGGAGGAGGAGAGGAUGGAUGAAGGAGAGAACCAGAGGGAGGAGAUAGAAAAGGAUCAUUUGACGAAAAGUCAGUCAAGUGCCCCAUCGAAUCGCGUAAUGGUGGAAGCGUCCACGCAGGACGACCUGACCAACCGCUGCAUCCACUGUGGGAUCUACUUCCUCGACGAGGUCAUGUAUGCACUGCACAUGAGUUGCCACGGCGACCAGGGACCAUACCAAUGCAGCUUUUGCCUUCACGUUUGUGUUGAUCGCUAUGAUUUCACCACACACAUACAGAGGGGCCUACACAGGUACACAGACAAAAAGAAGGGUCCCACGCAAGAGGACCACAAUCAGAACGUCACGGUGACGCCGGAGCACGAGUGUCAAAAUGUGACACCCGAGGAAAAAGAUGAAACUGCUCACAGUGAGAUCACAGACGAAAGCAACGAUGUCAUAGGAGAUGGUCACGACAACCAAGCAAACGAAAAGACGGGCGCUGAUGCCACUGACAAUGAAACGGAAGCUGAAAUGGAAGUAAGAGAAGAGGGUCGUGACGUAACAAACCAGGAGUUGGGAGAUGAAACGGUGUCGGAUAGUAAUGAUGACACCACAAAACCCACAGAGGUCACGACUGUUGCCGAAUCUAAAAACUUAGAUGAGAACACAGAGAGUAAUUAAUCUGAUGCCUUUGACUCAAACAAACCUUUAAAGAACGCUUUUUAUUGAAUGAAUAAGCUGUCGGCCUCCACGUUCCUGGAGGCUCGCUCAUGUCAAAAUGGGCCUAUCCUGGGCACUAAAUGGAACACAUCCUUAUGCUGGAAGCACUCGGCUGUCAAAUGGUCAAAAAUCAUCGUAGGAUCCCGCUGAACUGCUGCAGGGACAGUUUGGAGAAAUGAAUCUGAAUCCUGUGUUGAGUGACGGCCACUUGACAGCUCUGUGGCAAGUAUUCAAUGACAGAGUCCGGGCAUGCAGCUGAAAUCACCUUUAAUAAACAGCCACUUCAUGUGUUUUCCAAAUAAGAGGAUUGGAAGCUGGACAGAAAGUUAGACUGCUCUCAUUUAGGAUGAGUUUGAGGAGCUCAGCACUUGCACAGCCACCAUACAGCAGAGCAAAAAAAAUGCUAGAAGCAAAACACUUUAACUUGGCUGAUCUGUUAUGCACCGGGUGGAACUGAACCAAACUGGUCCUAACUGGUCUGAUGCAUCAUUCAGAUCGUUUAUCUCGGUACAACCAGAUGUUAUCUGGUUAGAAGAACUUUGGUCUGGUCCAAAGCAUGUUUUUGACUGUCACACCGCUGUGCUAAUGGAUCCAAACCAAAACUUAUUUUGACUCUUUGAAACUGGUGGAGUUAACCCAGUUGGUUCUGGGUUGCAGUUUGGUUACUUUGGUUAAGAAAAGGAUCGGUUGGCUUUUCUAGCUCCUUUCCAUUUUGUUUCUGAAACUGGCAAAAAGAAAAAAACAACUGGCAAAGUCGCCAGCGCUGCAAAGUGGCCCUAAAUGGGAGACUUGUUGAAAAUACUUUUUGAACUGCUUAAAACCAGUUUGAACUGGUAAGACCGGAGUAAUUCCGGACCGAAGUGUUCUCUUGAUCCAUUUUGAUCAAACCAAGUGACUUUAUUUUCUACCUUCCUCCGUGCCAUGAUACUAGCUACGUGCCUGGCUGCCUGCCUAAUAGAACCACCAUCUAUUAACCUGCUUAACAUUUAUAUUAAUAAUGGUAAUAAUAAUAAUUAUGAUGUUAUAGUACAAAACAUGCAAUUUGCUACACUUUCCUAUAUAAAAUGUUAUUUUGUAAAGGCAAAUAAUGCUUUUUUGCAGGAAAUGGUACUAUAAGAAUUAGUGUAUUUGAGUCUUUUUUUUCUUUUUGAGUUAUUUGUUGUUUAUCUUCUUGGGGGAGACUUGUUACGUGGAUAACAGCCGUCUAACAGAAAUGGUACAGCAAGAGAGGGGGUUGUGUGUAUGUGUGCAUUUGUGUAAUUGUGUGUAAGGAUCAAAGGAUGCUUCCAUCCCCAAAUGAUGAUGUAAACAUAAUGAAGGCUUGCGCUCGGUAUUUCAGUCCUCAGGGGUCACACGUGUUGCACACCAACCCACCUGUCUCGUAGCAUUUGACACAUCGUUUUUAAAAGGUCUAAUGGUUUUGGCAUGUUACAUUACGUUGUCUUAUAUGUAUUCUUAUCAUGUUCUUUGUGUGUUAAUAGGUCAAAAUAGUCUUACUAUGUAACUGUUUUUCUGUUUGUCUAUCAUAUGUUGUUAGGUAUGGUUUUAUAGAGAGACCUUAGGAGCUUAGGGAGAUGAACCCUAAAUGUUAUCAUAAGGAUUAAUUAUAUGGGUUAACUGUAUAAACUUUAGCUCUGUAUUGAGUUUACAGAGCGUAUUGCCUACAGUGUUUUAUUCAGCCUAUCUCGUAUUUCUGAGAGUAUGGUAGGUUACCUCUAUGUAGCAUGUUAGCGUCUUAUAAAAUCUGCAAAAUACGUUGCCUUUUCUAUGGAUGGGAACUGUUUCACCUUAUACCUAAAUGAUACUGAAAAAAAUCGCCAUGUUGCUUCAAACUCCAGCUUACUCCUACAACUGUUCUGCCUUUCAUUACCUACAUUUUGGUUCUAAAUCAGUCUUAUAAGUUUAAGGAAAGACCCGUCUAAAACCAAAUGUUCAUCAUUAAUUGAAUACAUUGAGAAUAUUGACUAGCAGGUCAUUAAGAUUCUAUUCUUCAGAAGGGAGAAACACGGGGGCCAUCUUUUUUUUAUAAGAACAGAAUCACUUCCCCUGCCUUGCUGCCUUAGUUGCUACAUGUAGAAUAAAAAACAAAAAAAAUCACCAAGGGACUCCUUUGAAGGAAGUAAUAAAAGCCUAAAGACAAUAAAAACAGGAGAGAAUAAAUAAUGAGAAUACGAUAUUUUUCUAUGCUUAUCCAAAAGACAUGGAUACAAAGAUAUUCUGACUAGUGCCUGGUAACUUGUACAGUUUUUCUAAUAAACCUCUGUCUGUUUCGAAAAGUGAUGUAAGUCAUGUUAGGCAGGAGUUGGGCAAACAUACUUCUAUAUUUAUUUCCCGUGCACCAAGUUAAAAGUCAUCCAUUAUAAUGCUUGUGUCUGAUUGAUGUUCCCUCUUUGCCUUUUCAGCCAUUGAGAACUACCCACAUGUGCUUUAACAGAAUGAAAUUGGUUGCUAUGCUAACUCUUUAUCACUAAUUAACCCUCUUUGCAUGCAUUUACAUGACUUUGUAGGAAGAUAAAGACAUUUGCCUUGGUAACAUUUUUACAGAGAUGUAAUGACACGAAGAUGUUCUGUGCUGUGUUUGGUUUGUUUGGAGUUGGAAGCCAAAUUGUGUAAUAUCACCUGAGUGCCCAUAUCAUGGUUAAGAAAAAACGCAUUAUGAGGCGUUGUUAUUCUACAGAGGAGAUAAUUAUUUCGAUUUCUUACAUUUUAAGACACCAAUGCCUUCAGAAAACCUGGCAAACAAGCAGGACUGACAGUAAAACAAAAAUAAAAUAAAAAUACUUUUUCUGCUGCAAAGAAAUCAGUGUAGGGAUUUUCCUCAGAAGAGUUUGCACACCUUCCCCAUGAAUGGCUCUACUUUCUACAUCACACUGAUGGAAAGAAAAGCAUAAUAUAUUGUGUUUUUUUAAGCUUUGGGCAUCUCUUCAGGGCAUGCUAGCAUCAAGAAAACUGUUUACAUUUGCAAAUGUAGCAAAACAAAAGCAAUCAAGCAGUGUUUUUUGUUUAAAGAAUCCGAACAAAAGGAAGGAUUGACAGAUGCUAUGAUGGAUAAAUGGGUGCCUUUGAAGUAUAUAUGGAUCAAAUGACGCUUGUAGUGGUUGAUAAAUAGGUUAAUGUAUGCAUUCAUCCUCUCAUCUGUUUUCUAUUGAUCUCCAUCACCUGCAUCCUUCUCAUCUGUUGUUUUAUUUUACUUCUGCAUCUCUGUCUUUCUUCUUAUCCCUCUACCUAUCCCUCCACUCUCCUGCAUCACUUCUUUUAUCAAGUGCUUAUACACGUGUUCUCAAUUGGUAGAAAGGUCAAGGGAGGCACAAUGGGAGUUAAAUGUAUGUGUUACGCCGUGUUGUGCCCAAAGAGCUGAUAUUAGCUCAGUUACCCCAAAACUGACAAGGUGUCUGCUCGUGUUGUUAAGGUUUCAUUUCCCUACUACUUGAAUGGUCCUUAAAGAAAUUGUCACCAGCAGUAAAUGAUCAGAUUCUUGCUAGAAGCAAAUUGUGGAUUCUCUCGGAUUUAGUUUCACAUUUGAUAAAAAUAAAUUGACACACAUUUUCA